AUGCCACAGCUUACUGUGAUAGUUCCCCCUAGCCCAGGGCCAAUAUCGGUCCUAUCACCAAAGGAUAACGACAAGGGGAUACUCUACCACGCCAGAUUCAACUCGGCAGCGUACUCUAUGGAAGUCCCCGGGAAGAUAUCAUUCCCAGAUCCGCCGCGUCCCCCAACUCCAGGGCCGCCUCGGCCACCCCCAAUCCCUCCCCGUCCACCGGUACCGACACCGCCACCCAGUCCACAUUCUUCAGUGGAGAAGGAGUGGCUACAGAAACUCGUGGCAGAGAAUAUCUCUAUCCUUGCCGUUCGGGUUAUGAAUGUCUGGUUCGCCGCACGCGAGCCGGUUUCAUUUCCCCACCCCCCUCGCCCACCUACUCCGGGCCCUAGACCAGGACCGAUCAACCCCCCGCCUAACGUGCCUACGCCGCCACCUAGUCCACGCAGGUCCGCAAAGAGCGUAGAUCAUGCAGUAAUGGCCAAAAAGAAUUACGCUCUCGGAACCGGCGGUCUCGAUACGAUUCUAUCGAGACAGCUAUUCUAUGAAUAUCUGGCCCUCAAGCUCAAUAUCUUAUACACAGCAGAUACCCCAUCAUACGACCCCUACGAAGGGAAAGGCUUGAACAUGCGGGAAGCAAAAUACGAAGAUAAGCUUACCGAUGAUCCAGAUCGGGAUGAAACGAGACUGCAUACUCUCAUAUAUGUCCCAAAGAGUGUAUCAAGACCCCACAUGUCUCAUCUCGAUUCCUGCAGAGAGAACGAGCCAGAGACUCUAAUUCAAGCACUACGCGCCAGUGCCGGAAUUGUCAGGCACCUCCUAAACCCUUCCAACUUGUCAGGUAUAGGGGAGUCUGGAAGGACCUUCGAUGAUCUGGCUGUCACCACUCACAGCUCACCUGCAGUUUCGGGCAUAUACUCCCAGCCGACGCCAUCAAUAAUAACGGCCGUAUAA